GUUUAGGCAUCAACUUUUUAAGCUUAUUUCAAAAAGAAACUCAAGCUAGCUAAGAACAAAUACAAUGGCUUCUCCAAAGUUGUGCGUCACUCUCUUUCUCCUCGCAACCGCCGUUUCCGCCGCAUGCGCCGCUAGAAGCAUGCCGGCCACCGGAAGUGAGAACGCCUUCAACGACCAGAAGAACUUCGUCUCCUACGGCGGAGUUGGUGGCAUGAGUGGAAUCGGAAGUAACGGCCUCCCCUUCGGCGGCUUUGCCAGCGGCGCGGGUGCCAAUGGUGAUUUUGGAUCCGGCCUUGGCGGCGGCGGCGGUCUUGGCGGAGGAUUCGGCGGUGGCUCCGGGAUUGGUGGAGGAAGCAGCUUGCCAACAAUCGGCGGAGCUGGCGCUGGUAUCGGUGGAGGAAGUAGCUUGCCAACCCUCGGCGCCGGCGCCGGUGACCUCCCACUUCCAUGAAGGGCACGUUAAUAAUUACGUACUUGUCUCAUUAGUUAACUAGGGCGCGUCUUUUGAUUAUUACCAUUUGUCACUAUCUUAAGUCACUAUUACGAGUCUUACGUUAGAUUAUCGGAGUAUUAAUUAAGUUUGUUGAGAUGAUGUCAUCAAUCUCUAGUGUUUUUUUUACGAGUCUAGUGUUUGUUUUAUGCUAUGUUGCGUUCCCAAGUCAUAGGUUCAAUGUACUUAGUCGUUGUUUGUCGUAUAAAUGUUCGUAUUUCUUGCUACUAUUUAGUAUAAUCUGCAUAUUUUUAUCUUAAAACAGAAUAAUAUACCGUGCUCCCCUACUAAAAUAAAAUAGUUAGUCCGUCCAAAAAUGAUUCACAAAGUCUAUUUUUGUAACCACAGAGUUUGAUUUUAUUUACUCACAAGUAUUUAAGAUAUCAAAAUUUGUUAUUAUAUUCUAAUUUGAAUUUUGC